GCUUACGGUGUUGUUCUGUGGGAGAUUUGUACGCUCGGCGGUUUUCCGUAUCCGACGGUCAGCGACAAGGAUAUCCUAAAAUAUCUGCAGCAGGGUAAUCGUCUGGAGAAGCCGGCCUCAUGCAGCAAUGAAGUAUACGAUGUGAUGAUGCAGUGCUGGGCUCAUAACUCAAACGAUCGGCCAUCAUUUGCAUAUCUUUGUGAGCACCUUAACGACUUGAGCAGCCAGCAGUGCCCAUACGUAGAAUUUGUUCCGCAACAAGCUCUGCCACCACAAGGUCGGCGUUACUAA